GUCAUACUGUUGUAAAUCGUUUGUUGUUUAUUUCUAUUAGAAAUACCCCAAAUAGUGAAAUGAUUUAUUUAAAAAAAAAAAUGAAAUAUUGUUUUCACCAGAGAACAUGUUGUUCAUUACGUAGGUACAUUGUUGUGCCGCACUCCUGUACAGUAGGUGGCGGUGUUCAACUUUAAAUUCUACAGUCCACGUAUGAUUACAUUACUGUGACGUGAGGAAAUAAAAUAAAACAUCUCACCAGCUAGCUACAAACAAAGCUAGCUGCAAAUUGACGUUAAGUUUCUGUUAUGAUUAUUUGUUUUAAUAGAUUGGUAGAUAACUGUAGAUAAUCAUAAUAUAUAAAACGCAAAUACUGUUACAUUGAAAAGAGGAAAAAAGCGUCGGGGGACAAUGUCGGGUUCCGUGGUCGAGUUCCAGGCGCAGAUAGCCUCAAUCAUGGAGGUGCUAGCCAACGCGGCUGUUGCCGAAAUCUGCAAAGUUGUUGACGAUGGCUAUGCGGUUGUACACCUGAAGAUGUCCCAAAGCCACAAGGAGAACGAAUUUCUCCGGAGGAAAAUGAAAUUGAUGGAACUUCAGAUCACCAGAUUUCGAGCGGAGAGAACAAAGUUUUCAGAGGGGUCCGUCCACAAUCGCUUCCAUGGAAUACGCCUCCUAAACAGACACAACCAUCGAGAGAUUACAACAGGACCGACUUGGCAAAGCAGAGCCAGACUUUCCAACAGGAGUUUUGGGAACAGCAGCAUUCAAAGAGACAGACAGCCCAUAGACGUGGACCAAGAGGAUGUCUCUCCAUCAAAGCAUAUGGAUGCUACAAGUGAUGAGCAGUCAGGAGAGACAGAGGAAGGGGAACCAGACCUGCUGAUCAUCAAGGAUGAGGGGGAAGCAGAUGACCAGGACUCUAGGAUCAGCCACCCAGCUAGAACAGUGGAGGGAAGCAGAGAACUAACCACCCAACCGACUACAGACCCUGCCUUCCAGCCCAGAGGCAAAAACAUCAACACAGCUAUGGAGCAGACAGAGGAAGGGGAACCAGACCUGCUGAUCAUCAAGGUGGAGGGAGAAGCAGAUGACCAGGACUCUAGGAUCAGCCACCCAGCUAGAACAGUGGAGGGCAGCAGAGAACUAACCACCCAACCGGCUGCAGCCACCACAGAGGACUCAGCCUUCCAGUCCAGUGGCCCCAGAGGCAACAACAACUACAACAACACCGCUAUGGAGGUCAGUGGAUCUGACGUCGUCCUUGGCUUUCCCCCCAAGUCAUACCAUUCCUCAUCAGAACAUGUGAUAGUGAUUGACUCUGUAUCCAGUGGGCAGCAGGUAGAUAGAGAUUUUGAGUGGGGUCAGGUGGGUACAGCUACUACACCACAGGACAAUGGGACUGGAAAUAAGCAGGGAGUGGGAGUGUUUAACAGAAACGCACCAUCGAUUCACCCUGUACACCACAAAUCAAUGAGAGACAACACUAUGCAGUUGGUUUCACCCGGAUUCCGUCCCACAGAGAUAAAUACAAGCAUCCGUCUUGACGCAGGAAAUACAGGUGAAGCCAAUAAAGCUAGUUUGCGCUCAUUGGCAAGCCUCCAUAGACACUCUGAAAUACCAGGAAGAGGAGCUCAACAACCAGCUCAUACCUCACUUCCUGUCGGCCAUUUUAGACCAAGCGCCACAACUUCCUCUCACUCAAGUAAUCUUGCUAAUCACAUUAGACCUGGCACCAUAGAACGACCGUACGGUUGCCCGAGCUGCCAUAAGAAGUUUGUUCACGAGAGUGACUUGCGGCAGCACGUCGUCAUCCACACCAGAAAGCGGGUGUUUGCCUGCACCUUGUGUGAGAAGAGCUUUGUGUCCCCCAGCAAGCUCCAAGUGCACCAGAACGUCCACACUGGGGAGAAGCCCUUCAGUUGUGCACAGUGCGGGCGCAGGUUCUCCCAAUCCAGCAAUCUAAAUAGACAUCAGAGGCUUCAUCAUUGAAAACUGACACAGAAGCAAUAGAUUCCUAUUGUUGGGUUCUGAGAAUAUGAAAUAUACUUAUUCAUGUCACAGAGGGGGAGAGGGUAAUGUAUAACAGUUACAUUAUGUCAGGAUAUGUCACAGAGGGGGAGAGGGUAAUGUAUAACAGUUACAUUAUGUCAGGAUAUGUCACAGAGGGGGAGAGGGUAAUGUAUAACGUUUACAUUAUGUCAGGAUAUGUCACAGAGGGAGAGGGUAAUGUAUAACAGUUACAUUAUGUCAGGAUAUGUCACAGAGGGGGAGAGGGUAAUGUAUAACGUUUACAUUAUGUCAGGAUAUGUCACAGAGGGAGCGAGGGUAAUGUAUAACGUUUACAUUAUGUCAGGAUAUGUCACAGAGGGGGAGAGGGUAAUGUAUAACGUUUACAUUAUGUCAGGAUAUGUCACAGAGGGAGCGAGGGUAAUGUAUAACAGUUACAUUAUGUCAGGAUAUGUCACAGAGGGGGAGAGGGUAAUGUAUAACGUUUACAUUAUGUCAGGAUAUGUCACAGAGGGGGAGAGGGUAAUGUAUAACGUUUACAUUAUGUCAGGAUAUGUCACAGAGGGAGAGAGGGUAAUGUAUAACGUUUAGAUUAUGUCAGAAUAUGUUAUUGUUAGCCAUCAGGGAUCCUAUGGGAGGGGUCCUCUGGGAGGAGAAGAGACAUAGUCUGGUACCAGGCACCAUGACAGCCGUGAGUUGGGCAGGGAAGCGAUCACAUGUGGCAGGCAUUGAUAAGGGGAGAGAGCUUUGGAUUAGGCAUCAAGGGGGCUGAGGUCAUCACUUUGUCUUCCUGUCGAACCAUAACAGAUGUCAGGGUUGGAGACAAGGAGGAGUGCAUCUAAACUGGAGUAUAUAAACUUGUUGCUGGAAACAUGUUUUGUCUGAAUGCAGCUGUAUUGAUCCUCUGGGAGAAUAAACUUGGUUAAGCUUU